AUGAGAACAACUGUAGGACGUGUUUUAGCUCAUUUACUCCUCGUGUACUUUUCAACACACAAUGUAAAGUGCGAAAUAAGUAGAUAUUUGCUGGUCCACGAAAAUUAUGACGAUUACAAUUUAGAAAAUUUUAACUCCUCCGAUUUUUUAAAUGAAGAACAGUCAUACAUUUCAGACGUGAACUCGGUAGGCAAAAGUAAAAGACUGCAAAAUGGCAACGUCAUCUCUGUAGGCAAUCCUUUAUAUGGUUGCUUCAACAGGUAUGCACUGAGGCGAAAUGGGCGACAUGGUCAAAAUGUCGUAAAUCAGGAGCGAUCUACCAAAUUGUACGAAAAGGAAGAACCCGCGAAAUGCAGUGGAGACACAUGUUCCAGUUUUAUGCUUAUAAAAGAACACCGCCCACAGGGACACGCCAUGAAGAAAAAUGAAAAAAAUUACAAAUUGUGUAACUUGCAAAGGGCAGGAGAAAGAUGCAACAAAAUUCCCAGUGGGAAAGGAAAAAAGGGGCAAGCUGCCAGCAUAAAUAAGCAUAAAUAUAAUUCGAACCUGAUGGACCUCACGAGGAAAACAAAUAAGCAGCACCUGUCACAUGGUUUGCCAGAAGAUUAUCCCAAAGAGGAAAAUGAAAAUGCUUACACGGAACCGAGUGAUUUUCAAACCUUUAGCCAUUUUAAGACAGACACUGUUUUUCCCUCCAACUUGAAGAACAAUCCAAAGCGGGAAGAAAAGCAAAUAAAAAUUCAUGGAAACUCCAUGGGAAAUGAUCUACCCCCAAAUAAACGGUCUAAAAGUGGAGGAGAUAACAUGGUAAUGUUCCCUGCGUACAACGAUAGCAUUGGCUACUCUGGAGGAAACUAUUUCGAAAAGGAAAAAUUCAUCCAGAUACAAUUCCCAAUAAAGAUCAGCAAGGGAAAUGCCGAACAAAAUGAACAGAUGGACAACGAGAAGGAGAUCGUGGAGGAGCCGGGAAGGCAGGAAUCGAUGCACACAAAUGCAGAUGGGAGUUUUGCAGAAUAUACGAACACGGAAGAUGAAAGUGACAAUCCUGGGGAAGAUAACUUAAUAGGUAUGUCCAAAAAUACAUACAGCCUUGGAAGAUAUAAUUUUUUCAACAAAAAUGAAAUGGAACACUUGAAGCGGAUAAAUUCAGAGAGGAGGGAUGAACAGUACAAAGAUUUAGACUUAAGAGACCCUCGAAUGGGUGAAACGGGAUAUAUAACCAAUACGGAACGACUUGGUGGCGGCACACAAAUUAAUGAAAAAAAAAAUAAUGUACUAACGAAUAAUCAUAAUCCUAAUGAUGGACAGAACCACGCGUCAUAUGAUAGUGGGCACAAUCCAGAUAUCGAUUUGUCCUUAAAGUACCUGGGGUUAGGUUACGACAUCAUUAUGGGGAACCCAGAGGGAGAUCCAACGAUAAACGUGGACCCGGGGUUCAGGGGACCCGUGCUUCAAAUAAAUAUAGAACAAAUGCACGUGGAUAAGGAUAGAACUGAUGGCGGGAAUGGUACUACCUCUCCUUAUGGUAGCGGUAUCCGUGGAGAAGGCCCCCCAUGCAGGGAGUGCACACUCAUGGGUGAUUAUACCACAGAGGAGAAAAGGCCAAAACUGACCCCAUGGGUAAUCCCUGAGCACUCAUGUAGUCAAUCCAAAAAUGUAGAAGAAAUACAAAAUUUAGAGCAAUACAAAAUGGAACUACUGUCCGAUGUUAAGGUCAGCACCCCGUCUAUUUUCCCAUACUCCUUUUCCGCAUCGGCAGAGUAUAAAAAUGCAAUAAAAAAAUUAAAGGUUCAAAAUAACGUCAUAUUCAUGAUGAAAAUUUAUUGCCUACGUUAUUAUACUGGAAUACCAACUACGACGAGUUGGAGGUUCACAGACAAUUUUAGAAACGCCUUGAGGAAACUACCCCCAACUUUUGACGGGCUGAAAGAGAAUAGCCAAUGUUCGUACGAAUACUAUACCAACAAGAUACAUACUCCCGAAUGUGAAGAAAAUGUGAACAAGUGGAUGAUGUUUUUUAAGCUUCAUGGUACACAUGUAGCGCAUGAAAUAUACUUGGGGGGGAAAAUAAUCAUAAAAAUGAAUAUGGAAAAGGACGAAUACAAUAAAUUGAAAGAUAAUAAUAUAAGUAUAAAAACGUUUUUUAAUUUGUACUUUCAUAAAAUGGGGUUAUCUGGAGCUUACAGCAAGCGGAUGCAAAAAGUGGUGAACAAAUUUAGAACCUCAAAGGAUAUAUCCAUUCUUGGAGGAAACCCAGGACUAAAUGUAGAAAAUUCAACCUUCUUUGAAAAAUGGGUUAAUUCUAUUAAUAAGAAUUCCAUGCCUAUAAGAACCAAGUUGUUACCCUUCAGCUUCUUCAUGGACGAUCCGAACAUGAUACAAGCUUAUAAAGACGCCUUAAGUUUUUACGGCCUCACUUAUGGGGUUCAAAUAUUUGACCAUGAAAAAUAUAGCCAUGUGGUAUUAUCCAUAGGUGAAUAUCUUCAAAAAUGCACACAGAAAUUGUAUGCGGGUCCUCCUCCAGGAUUAUUAACAUGUCCAUUGGGAAGUAGCCUCCUCAUGGGCUUUUCCCUAAAUUUAGAUUUUUAUAAAAAUAAUGACCUAAGCAGCACUAAUGGUUUGGCUACCUGUGAACAGAUGAAAGAAUCCUGCAGUGGUAGUGGCUUUGGUAAAAAAUAUUCAGAUAUAAGGAUAUGGGCAUUAUGCUCUGAAAAACCAUUGGACUUUAUAACACAAGUUGUGCAGCAAGGGGAGUCCCCCAAAAUAACUGCAUGGUGUCCUGGUAAUUUAGUUAUCCUCUUUGGGUUUGCUCUAAUGAAAGGUAAAGGUUCAUCCUCUGCGAACAAGGUGGACAUAUAUCCCUGCCGAACAGGGCAAACCAGCUGCUCUGCGGUUUUACAAAACAGCAAAAUUAAGCAAAGCAUGAUAUAUAUUGCUUGUGUGGAUAGAUCAACCAAUGGAUUAGGAAAUAUUCAAACGUACAGUAAGGUAAAAAACAUGGGUUAUGUAAAUUCAGAUCAGCAUGAAAACGAUACGUCGCUUAGUUUUGCUUGUCCAAAAAAUAGCUCCCUGGUAUUUGGUUUUUCCCUCGAAUUUCACACAAACUUUUCAAAGACAAGGGAUAAUUUUACGGAGUGUUCUAAAGCUUCUAACACCUGUCAGAUAAGGGGCACUCAGAUUAAUACGAAACUUGCCUUUUUUAAGCCAGACAAGUACUCGCUAGCGAUAGUGGCAGUGUGUUCCGCCCGAAAGGAGUUGUCCCUACGCCGGUGA